CCCCCCACAAAUGUACGCGAUAUAACCAGUAAACACAAUUGCGCAUGCGUGUUUCUGACAUCGGGUUCCAGUCCCGGAACUUCCGGCGGACCGCAUCAGGCAGGCGGACCACAUCAGACAGUGUUAGUACCUACACAUGGACCAUCAGGCGGUAGUGAUAGGUACAGACAAAACGGACGAAGAUGACCGUCCGAAUGGAGUCCUAGAAGAUUAGGCAAUUAAUAAUGCCGAGUGUAGCGAGUCUAUUGGUGACGUCAUAAAAUUACUAUAAGAUUCCCAGACUCAUGGGUCAUCAACAGCUUGGACGAACUGGGCGGCGUCGGAGGCAGAGACGCUCUUCUAGCAGGCAUAAAGUGUGCUCAGGUGAUCAGCAGCGAUUUGUAAAUCUGUUGAAGUUUUUGAGUGGGCGUGGCUUCACUGGGUCUAACUUAAAGCUCUGCGACUUCACAGACACAGGUAGAGGUCUGCAGGCUUGUUUUUCCAUUCAGUCAGGACAGCUGUUGAUCUCCCUGCCGGAGUCCUGUCUUAUCACUACAUCUACUGUCCUGAGGAGUGAUCUGGGAGUGUAUAUCAAGAGAUGGAAGCCACGUCUCUCUGCCAUCCUGGUUCUGUGUGUUUUCCUGGUGUUCGAGCGCCACCGCGGCCACGACUCUGAUUGGUCUGCCUACAUCCAGUUGCUGCCCCAGUCAUACACAUGUCCUGCUUACUUCUCAGACAAUGUUAUAGAUCUUCUUCCUGCCAACCUGCGGCAGCGAGGCUUGGAGCAGCGGAAAACUCUUCAUGAACUUCACUCUUCAAGUCAGGAUUUCUUUAGGAGUCUGCAGCCAUUGCUAAAGAACCCAGCACAGGAAGUGAUGUCAUAUGAGGCUCUGAGGUGGGCAUGGUGCAGCGUCAACACACGCUCCAUCUUCAUGCCCCAGUCGCCGAGUCCCUACCUCACUGGAGAGGACAUUUGCGUCUUAGCUCCUUUGUUAGAUUUGCUGAACCACCGGCCAGACAUCCAGGUCAAGGCUGGGUUCAAUCAGGUAACCAAUUGCUAUGAAAUAGUAAGUAAAUCACAGACGCCCCGUUACCAUCAGGCCUUCAUCAAUUAUGGAUCCCAUGACAACCAGCGCUUGCUGCUAGAGUAUGGCUUUGUCGCUUCUUCUAAUCCCCACAGUGUGGUCUACGUGGAGCCAGAAAUCUUCCAUCAAAUUAUACAAGAUGAUGGUUUAAUUCAGAAGAUGACGUUUCUGCAGGAGCACAACUUCUUGCACGAUCUCAGUGUGUCCAUUGAUGGUCCAAGCUGGAGACUGAUGACCGCUGUCCGACUCCUGUCCCUGCCGCUAUCUCACUAUCACCAGUGGAAGGCAGUUUUACGCGGGCAAGAGGUUGGUGCAGAGAGAGAAAGAUGGAGCCUGAGGACUGUGCAGCAAGUGAUCAAGAGACUUUUAGUAGAGUCUGUCCGUGUUUUGGAGGAGAUUCGUUCCUGCCUCCUUCACUCUUCUCCAUCUGAACGGCAGCAGCUCGUCCUGAUUCAGUCCUUGCGUGAGGAGGAGCAAUGCAUUCUGGAAAGUGGUCUGGAUAAACUGAGUUGUUGAUACCACAUGAUGUUUGUUGACUUGUGCACUGAGCAUCACUGGUUUGAUUCCAGAGCACAGACUGGGAGGUUUGGGGUUUUUGAAAAUGGAAGACAUCCCAGGCCUGUAAACGUACUUGCAUAGUCACUAGCUACAUUGUUUAUUUUCAAUAAAAUGAAGUCGAUCUUCAGAAUC